GCGGUGGGAAAGAUGGCGGUGGCUCUGCGCUUCUCUGGCUGGUGGCAGCGCUGGCGGCGGCGUUGGUCUGCUAGGGAAGGGUCCAGGAUGUUGUUCCUUCUCCUUUUGUUGGGGUCUGGGCAGGGGCCGCGUCAAGUCGGGGCGGGUCAGGCGUUCGAGUACUUGAAACGGGAGCACUCGCUGUCGAAGCCCUACCAGGGUGUGGGCACGGGCAGCUCCUCACUGUGGAAUCUGAUGGGCAAUGCCAUGGUGAUGACCCAGUACAUCCGCCUCACUCCAGAUAUGCAGAGUAAACAGGGUGCCUUGUGGAACCGGGUGCCAUGUUUCCUGAGAGACUGGGAGUUGCAGGUGCACUUCAAAAUCCACGGCCAGGGCAAGAAGAACCUGCAUGGUGACGGCCUUGCAAUCUGGUACACAAAGGAUCGGAUGCAGCCAGGGCCUGUGUUUGGAAACAUGGACAAAUUUGUGGGGCUGGGAGUAUUUGUAGACACCUACCCCAAUGAGGAGAAGCAGCAAGAGGCCCAGAAGAGGCGAUAUUCUCCGGGAGUUCAGCGGGUGUUCCCCUACAUCUCUGUCAUGGUGAACAACGGCUCCCUCAGCUAUGACCAUGAGCGUGACGGAAGGCCCACAGAGCUGGGGGGCUGCACGGCCAUCAUCCGCAACCUCCACUACGACACCUUCCUCGUGAUCCGCUACGUCAAGAGGCAUCUGACGAUCAUGAUGGACAUCGACGGCAAGCAUGAGUGGAGAGACUGUCUGGAGGUGCCCGGUGUCCGGCUGCCCCGCGGAUACUACUUCGGCACCUCCUCCAUCACGGGCGAUCUCUCGGACAAUCAUGACGUCAUUUCCCUGAAGUUGUUUGAGCUGACGGUGGAGAGGACCCCGGAGGAGGAGAAGCUGCAUCGAGACGUGUUCAUGCCCUCGGUGGACAAUAUGAAGCUGCCCGAGAUGACAGCCCCACUGCAGCCCCUGAGUGGCCUGGCCCUCUUCCUCAUCGUCUUCUUCUCCCUGGUGUUUUCUGUGUUUGCCAUUGUCAUUGGUAUCAUACUCUACAACAAAUGGCAGGAACAGAGUCGAAAGCGCUUCUACUGAGCCUUCGUGCUGCCACCACCUCUGUGACCAUCGCCUCAACUGGCCUGGAUGGGGACUGUGUUUUGUCACUGCAGCUUUGGAUGAAUGCAAGGACCCUGCUUUCCCACAGUCACCCACAGGGACAUCUGCCUCCGGCCCAGGACACCACUGUGAUGUGCCUUCCCCUGUAGUCUUUCCUGGGCUCCCCCAACACACCCCACACACAGGAAGUAGGCCUUCUUCUUACUACCGGGCCUCGGGUGCCCCUCACCCACCCAGGGGGUGAAGAGGCAUGGAGAGGACACGCGUGGCUGUGAUGCCCAAAUGCCAGAGCAGGCCGGGGGAGCCCAGGCGGGACGGCCUCAUUCUUACAUCCACACUGAACGGAAGCUGCUCUCAUACCUUCAGGAUGUUCGAGUACUGGUUUCUGCUCUUCGCCCAACCCUCUGCCCACCGAGGAGCUUCCCGUGCAAAUCUGUGGAAGCUUCUUUCCUGCUUCCUUUCCUCCCUCUCUACUCCUCUCAUCUCUGUUGUGCAACCUGAGCUGGACGCCUCUGUGAGGGGUUGCCAAGCAGACUUGGGUUUCAGGGACCCUCCCUGAUGGUGCUGGAGCUUCCUGCUGUGGUACGAGGCUCCAGCUCUGUCGUCUGCAGGGGCCGUGUUGGCGUGCCUGGGUCCCUCCAUGCUACUUUUGGUGGUAGUCGGUGUGCACGUUGAGAGAAGCUGGAGAGAAGAUCGUGGUUUGCCAGACCAGGUCUAGGUUUGCCACAGAAAGCGGCUUUUGUAGUGUGUCUCUGGACCUGCUGGAUGGAGCCUGCUUACCUGCAUGUUCUCUUGAUUGUGAUUUUGGGAAACCUGCUUUUAAGUAUUGGAAGUGUAAGGAAGCUUUCUUACUACCUAGCCUCGGGUACCCCACACCCACCCAAGAGGACAUUUGUCUUCUUUUUCUUAACAGAGAAGAAAUAGUUGCUGUUCUCAUGUUGUAAGUCUGGGAGCAAAAUAGCCUCCUUUACACCUGGAAGAGCUCACUGUCACUGAGCAGUACAGCCCGAGUGCUGUCCUAGGUGUUGACUUUUCCUCCACUGCCUUAUCUGACGAGGGUCACAUGCUGCUCACCUGACUGCCCUGUGAUGGAGGUGGUUUGGCCCAGGGUGUCCCCAGAAGACAGCUGUCCUUGGGCCUCUGUAACCGAAGGGAAAUUCUAGAGUGGCUGAUGGAACGAAUCACGAGCUUCUGCCUCUGUCCUUCCUUUUGGGGGUGGGUUGGGGGAGGCCAGGCUUUUUUCUUGCACCUCAGGUCCAUCGCUCUUCCUGUGCCUUCUGGGAUGCGGUGGUGGGGUAGGGUGGGCCUCCCUGCACACGGAGGGCGGGGUCCCCAUUGCAGGUGCACCUCUGCCUUCCAGGGCCUUCCGCCUUGCCUCGUGCAGGCCUGCCGUGUGACGCAAAGGUGAGCACAGGUGGCAGGCGUCUUCCCAGCACCCCCUUCGACAGCAGAGCAGCUCCAGAGAACUGCAGGGCAAAUGGCCACCUCGCAUUUGGCCUCCGGACCGGGGAGAGUGAAGAGGGAAAUGGUGGCUUUUGUCCUUUGAGUUCAGAGGAGAAAGAGAGAGCCUGUGAGGUGGAGGACCUAGAAGAGCUCAUGAGACAGCACAGGCAGAGACAGAACUGUGGGGCUUCCAUGGCUGCAGCUCAUGAGCACCUGGAGGUCUUUUAUUACUAUUUUUAUUUUUUGGUACCAGGAAUUGAACUCACGACCUUAUGCUUGCCAGGCAGGCACUGUGCUGCUGAGCUAAAUCCCCAGCCCUGGAGGCCUUUUAAAGAGGGCAGGGAAUUGGGAAACAGAGUCCCCACACAGCAUAGGGGACCAGGCUGCUCUCUUUAGAAAAAUGAGUGGCCCAAGAAAACCACCCAUCGCAUUUUCUAUCCUGCCGUGGCCCUGGCUGUUUGUGCUAGAAACAAAUGCUUCCCAUGCGAGUGGGGCCAAACAUGGAUCUGGGUUCUGUAGCCCUGGUGUUCUGGGUGUGGCCCUGGCACACUACUUAGCCACGAGAGCCAUCUCUCCCAGUCACCAUCCCUCUGUUUCCUCUGGUGCUGAGAGCCUGUCACAUGGGAGACACCCGAGGCCUAGUGGAUGUACAUGCAAGUGGCAUUGUUCCCUGGCCCUAUGAGUCCUUUUCAUGCCGUCUAACCCCCCAAAUAAAUGACAAGGUGGGUCUGCUA